AUGUCCUCUUUGCCUCCUCCUCCGCCUCCUCCGCCACCACCACCGCCUCCACCCCCACCACCACCACCACCGUUGUCCCAAAUGUCUAACUUGACCAAACAACUGAAUAAUCUCAACACCAAAUCGACGAAUGAGGAAACGAUCAAGCGUGUCGCCAUUCCUCAGGGACCACCACAAGAUUUGUUGUCUGCCAUCCGCGCUGGGUUCCAGUUGCGGAAAGUUAGUGAGCGUCCCAUGCCAAACACACAAUUUACACGGAACAACAGUUUAGCCAGCCUUGGUAAUCGGCCUCAUGAUGUGCAGGCCAUUUACGAGGCAGUUCGUCGGCGUCGUGAGUGUAUGGAAAACAACUCAAGUGAAGAGGAUGACGAUGAUAAGGAUGGAAACAGUGAUUCCUCCGGAUGGGAUGACUAA